AUGGCUUGGGUUGGGGAACUGUCAGAAUUUGAUAUAGUAUUCGAAAGUCGUAAAGCAAUCAAAUCCCAAGCAUUGACAGAUUUUACUAGGGAGCUUACUUCAAUCCAAAUGGAGAGUUCAAACAGCUCGGACACUUGGAAAGUAUACGUGGACAGAUCCUAUAACUCCAAAGGCAGUGGGGCCGGGGUUAUCAUCGAAAACCCAGAAGGAAUAGCGAUUGAGUACUCCAUGCAAAUGAAUUUUGAAACAUCAAACAACCAGGCGGAGUACGAGGCCUUUAUAGCUGGCCUCCAGCAGGCUAAGGAACUCGGAGUACGGAAGCUGCAGGUUUACAGUGAUUCUCAAUUGGUCACCUCCCAAAUCGAAGAAAGUUAUCAAGUUAGGGGACCAUUGUUGACAAAAUAUCUGGACUCUACGAGGUAG